CUGGAGAUUGCAUCAUCAAUAAACACCGCCAACUUGUCCAUUAUCCCUCCCAUUCGAGUUCCUGGAAGCUUUCUUCUCGGUCAUCGAGUAUAAACCAUUGUGGGAUACUGUGCUUAUUUGAACGGUUGGAGUUCUUGUGCAUUGUGAUCUUAGAGGUCAACAAAUUAUUAUAGCUACAUAAUUGGCUUACCUUUCCAGAUCAACUUUGGUAACUACCAUAUGAUUAGUUUUGGUGCAGCAAUCAUUAAUUUGUGACUUAAGUGGUAUAUUUUGUGUGAUUUAAAAUCUAAUAGCAUCCUUAUUGUAGUAAUCCAUCAUGGAGAAAGAUUCUAAUCUUGCAUCACCCCAGGAUGAUGGAGCAGGUGAAAAAUUGGUUGAUGAGAAAAAUGGUCACAAUUCCAAAGGGAUUGAGGUUAAGUAUAUAACUCCUAGUUCUCAGAAUGGUGAUGCUAAAAUUGAUAUUGAAAAUUUAAAAUCAGCAUUUGCUGGAAUGGGAAAAGAGGAGCUUAUGAAAUUUGCUAGUGAUCCCUUUUGGGUGAGAACAAGAUGGUUUCUCUUUAUAUUGUUUUGGCUGUUAUGGGCUGCUAUGUUGGCAGGAGCUAUCGCCAUAAUAAUUCUUGCUCCCAAAUGUGCUCCUCCAACUCCUAGAGAGUGGUGGGAACAGAGCCCUCUGUACAAGGCCAAUGUUGCUACAUUUACUAAGGAUUCUUCCAAACUGCAAGGCGAUCUAAAAGGUUUCACAACAAAAUUGGAGUACUUAAGCAGCCUUGGAGUGAAAACUGUUGUUCUUUCUAACAUCCUUAAAGUAUCUGACAAGGAAUCAGAUGGAGUCGAUGAGUUCAAGACGGUUGCACCCUCAUUCGGCACACUUGAAGAUCUGAAAGCCUUGAUUUCUGCUGCUAAAGAUAAAGGCUUGAAACUGUUAUUGACACUAAUACCCAACCACUCAUCUCUCAAGAGUGACCUCUUCAACAAAUCUGCUUCCAAAGACCCACUCUAUGAAUCAUUUUACAUCUGGGCUCCUGGUAAGGGAUUCACUUCAGAAGGCAUGCCCGCACCACCCAACAAUUGGCUGAGCAAGAGUGGCAAUUCGGCUUGGGAAUGGAAUGAGGCAAGAAAAGAGUUUUAUCUCCACCAGUUCGACAAAGAAGAACCUGAAUUCAACUUCCGAAACCCAAAAGUUGUAAAAUUCUUUGAUGAUGUAAUGCAAUUCUGGCUGGAUUUGGGCUUCAGUGGAUUCUAUUUAGAACGCACCAAGUAUCUGAUUGAAGACGCAGAGUUACGUAAUGAGACUGCCAAAAGAGACAUUGGAUCAGCAACCCACACCGAAUAUGAGUUCUAUGAUCACUUUUACACGGAGAACAAUGCCGAGUUGGCACCUCUGCUUCAUGACUGGACCGAACGCCUCGCAAACUCUUCAGGAAUCCUGGUUGUAGACGAUCUGUCAGUGACUGCCAACCGCUCAUUAGCUCACCUGAUAGUGCGACCACAGACUCUGGAGCCUUACCCUAUCUUCACGGCAGAGGAUAUGGUCACAUUGAUCAACAAAAAUCUCAAAGUCAACCCUUGGCCAGCCUGGCAGAUAGAGGUGAAAAAUGAAGAACAAGGUAGUCCCCUAGCCCAGUGUGUGCUGUUGUCAUCUGUGUUGCUACCUGGAGUACCCGUUACUUUAGCAGGACAGGAGCUGGGACUCAGCAACCUCCAGGAGAUACCCUGGGACAACACCACAUAUCCAGAGAGCCAAGAAUCUGAUGUGGUCUCCCAGCAGAACAACCCUCACAGUUUGUACACUGCUUAUAAGGAGUUGGUAGAAGCCAGAAACUCUCCCCAGAUACUGCAUGGCUCACUGCAGCUGCACAUCUUCAAUGGCACUUCAGUUUUAGCCUACACUCGAAUCAAGAGUGGCAAUCCUGGGUACCUGGUGGUGUUCAACACUGGGACAGAAGAGACGACUGUGGAUGUCCGUCAGAUGAAUGGUGUUCCUGACGAGCUGACCCUAGUGGUCACCUCUGACAUCGACUCCAUGGCUGACAAAUCCAAGUUGAUGAGUGAAGCUGUGACGCUGCCAAGUCGAGCAGUUGCUGUAUUCCGCUUUGUUCCAAAAGCAAAGGAGUAACUCAUUGCAACGGUUGUAAUUUUGUAUUUAGUUUUAUUAAAUUAACUUCUUUUAUUACAAAAUGUUUACUUUUUAAAAUACUAGUGUAGAAGACUUGUCUAAGUUUUGCUUGUGUAACUCAAUAUUAAACUUUGCAAAUCAC